AUGUUGACUGCUUUGUCACAUAGUUUGCAUCUGCAGAUCCAGUCUCCAGUGCCAUUUAGAUGUUCCAUGUAAAAUACAUUUGAAAACUUGAAAAAUUCAUGAACAUAGCAGAGAGAAACCAGGGAAAAUCAGAAGAUAUGUGAAGUACUAAACCUCUUCUUCACUGAAGAGCUUCAUUUUCCUCUGACCAUCUGCUCUUUUAUAAAUUGUGUAGUUUGUUUAGUGGCAUUGGAGAAAGGACUACAUAAGAGUGCCUUUUUGCUUUCUUUUACUGGUGGAGAAACCAUUUGUUAGCAAAGGUGCAGGUGUGCCUGUCAAAGUUGUGUGUUCGUAUUAACUCCAUCAGCAUUCCUGUUUGAUAUGUUUUGUUUAAGAUUUAGCUUUGGUAAUUAUCCAUUUAUUGGUUUAUUUGUCCCUUAUUGUAAGGGGCCAAACAUUAAUGAUAUUAGUAUAAUAAUUUUAGACAUGUUAUUGAGUUUGGUUACCAGUAAUUGUGUGGCUGUUAUGGAGUAUGCUCGAGUUGCAUUCUUUUAGGGAUUUUUCUGCUCCUCUGUCUUCCACAGAAAUACUGUCUGCCAAUGCCAGAAUAGAUUAUGCAUUCAUAUAUACAUGUGCAUGCAUGCAGACAUAUGCACACAUACACACACUUUCAUGCACCCACUCAACAUACAUUCACAGUGGCCAGAUUUAGGUUCAUUGUUCUUGCAGUAACAUUUUAUUUGCAAGUCUUAGUUACACAGAACCUAAGGGAAGAUCAAAUUUUCCCAUUGGUGACAUGAAGGCAGAUUGCCUAGAUCCCUUCCAGAAUACCCAGACAUAACCUGAUUCAAUUUUAUGCACGAGUCCAUGAAAAGUUGGCUUUCCUACAGUCUGAGACUGGCAUAAAUUGCCUUGCUGAAUGAUGCCUUUAUGCACAUAACUUCCAUCAGCACAUAGAUGUACAUAAAAACUGUGUUGCAGGCUAUCAGCAUUUCAAGAUGAUCUGCAUUGCAAGGAUGGUCAUAAAGCCAAUAAUAUUAUCAAGGGACAUCACUCAGCAUUGAUCAUAGAAUGAUAAGGCACACCCUAAUCCCACCAAGAACUGGUCAGAAACGGUUCUACAGACAUUGCACAUUCCAGUUUUGAUGUCACAAGAGGUGCCUAACCAGCCCUUGGACUACUACACUUGUCAGUUCAAGGCCUCCAAACUUCAAAGGUUUUUGGGCAGUGACGACCAUGAGAACUUUUUCACCCCUGUGCAGCGUCAUCAGAUUGUGAGCCAUAUCCUCUCCAAUGCUAUAUAUGGCAAACGCAAGAAGGCAGAGAUUGGCAUUGAACGGCUUCUGGAUGAAGAAGUCUUCAAGGCUGCCUUCCCUCUCCAUGAUGGGCCGUAUGAACUACCUGACAGCAAAGUACAUCCUGAAGAUAUGAAUCCCAGGCAGGUGUUGUUCCACUACUGGGCACGAUGGGGAGCCUGGUACAAGUACCAGCCGCUGGAUCAUAUUCGGGAGUAUUUUGGAGAGAAAAUUGGCAUCUAUUUUGCAUGGAUUGGUUUGUACACAGCAUGGCUUAUCCCUGCUUCCUUUGUGGGCAUCUUAGUCUUCUUGUAUGGAGUCUUCACAAUGAACAGUGAUAUUCCAGCAACUGAGGUGUGCUUAAGCGAAGACAAGUACGUCAUGUGUCCUCUCAGUGAUAUUGGGGAGUACUGGAGUCUGUCUGACGUCUGCUUCUUUGUGAAAGUUGCAUACCUCUUUGAUCAUCCUGGCACUGUGUUUUAUGCAGUUUUUGUCUCAUUUUGGGCGGUCACUUUUCUGGAAUUUUGGAAAAGAAAAAGUGUUAGUCUGGCUCACCAUUGGGACUGCUUGGAUUUUCAUGAGGAAGAGGAACGUCCUAGACCAGAGUAUGCUGCUAAAGCUUGUGAUUUGAGAGAGAAUCCCAUCACUGGUACUAAGGAGCCAUUCUUUGACCCCCGGGAACAGUUACCCAGAAUCUUAACUGGCAUGGGAGUAAUCAUUAUUAUGAUAACUCUGGUCCUCAUCUUUAUUAUUGCUGUGAUCAUGUAUCGUGUGGUCAUCAACAUGGUGCUGUUUGAGAACAAGGAUCUGAGGCCUCGCUCUGCCAUAAUCUCCUCUACGUCAGCUGCUGUUGUCAAUCUUCUUAUCAUCAUGGCCAUUGGUCGUGUCUACGAGACUCUUGCUUUAAAACUGACUCAGUGGGAGAUGCAUCGAACGCAGACAGAAUUUGAGAAUCAGUUGACUUUCAAGGUGUUCAUUUUCCAGUUUGUCAACUUCUACUCUUCAAUCUUUUAUAUUGCCUUCUUCAAAGGCAGGUUUGUUGGCUACCCAGGACAUUAUAACCGAUUUUUUGGCUUGAGGUCAGAAGAAUGCAAUAAUGGUGGUUGUUUGAUUGAGCUGGCUCAGCAGCUUGGUGUGAUUAUGAUUGGCAAGCAGAUAAUUAACAAUGCACAGGAGAUCAUUGUGCCCAAGUUAAAAGGGCUUUGGCAUCGAUGGCAAGUAAGGCUUGUGAAAGUGGUGAAACUCACACGAUGGGAGGAGGACUAUGAGUUGAUUGAAAACGAGGGCCUCUUCCAGGAAUAUCUUGAAAUAGUUUUACAGUUUGGUUUCAUUACUAUUUUUGUGGCUGCCUUCCCAUUGGCUCCACUGUUUGCUCUUCUGAACAACUGGGUGGAAAUUCGUCUAGAUGCCCAAAAGUUCGUCUGUGAAACCCGUAGGCCUGUAGCAGAGAGGGCACAGAAUAUAGGAGUAUGGUUUCAGAUUCUUGAUGCCCUGGCACAAAUAGCUGUCAUCAGCAAUGCCUUCCUGAUAGCCUUCACCUCAGAAUUUCUCCCCAAGAUUCUGUACCAGUAUCACUAUGACUGGUCACUACAUGGCUACAUUAACUUCACACUUGCCUAUGCCAAUGUUAACACCUCUGGACUUCAACAAACAUGCAGGUAUCGGGAUUUCCGCGAUGAAAAUGGUGAUUAUAAUAUAUUCUACUGGCAUCUUCUGGCUGUUCGUCUGGGCUUUGUUAUCCUCUUUGAGCAUGUUGUGUUUGGCAUUAGCAAGUUGAUUGACAUCAUGGUCCCUGAUAUUCCAAAAGCCUUGGAGCUUAAGAUCAAACGUGAACAGUACUUGGCAAAACAGGCACUGGCAGACACAGACAGGUUCCUGACUUCGGAAGAAGACGAGGAAAUAAAUGGUGCACCAGUUCAGACUGAAGACAUUAAUUUGAGAAUGUCAGAAGCAUGAAAGUCAUCUGCAAGCCAAGAAGUAAUGCCACAAAUUUAAUCAACGAAGCUACAUUAUGCA